AUGAAUAACUAUGACAAUAUUUUUUUAGAUGUUGCAUUAAAUAAAUUUUAUAAAGAUACAGAUUGUAUAUGUUUUGAUGGUUUAUAUGAGAAUACGGUAAAUGAAGUUAUAGAAAAGUAUAAUAAUGCUGGAUUAUCUAUUACAAUUAAUAACUUUUGUUAUCCUAUUAAAAAAGAUAAAAAUGUAAAUAUAGAGUUAGAUGAAUUAAACUACAAUAAACAAUUAGGUUCAUUUAGAUCAUCAAUAGAAUCAUAUUUUGCUAAUUUUGGAGAAAGGUUCAAAAGAUUUAAUGCUCUACAUAAAGUCAGAAUAACUGAUAAUGAAUUAUAUAAUGUACAGUUAAAAUUAGCAAUAGCUUUAUCUAAUAUAAAAGAAUUUACUGUUUUAGCAAACAUAAAAGAGACAAAUUAUUAUAAAAAAUGGAUGGAUGCUGAUUAUGAUUAUAUAUUUACUGGAUUAAACAUUGGAAGGAAUACAGAAGAUUUAAAUGACUUAACAAACAAAACAAAAUAUAAAUUGGAAAACAUGAAUAAUAUAAAGAAUCAUCAAAAUAAUAUAUUGAAUGGAUUAGUUUCUGUAAUUAAUAAUGAUAAUGAUAUAAUAAUGAGCGAUAAUAUAAUAAACAAAUUUCCAGAUCUAUCAAAAAAUAGUAAAAAUAAUAUUGAAAUAGAUCAGAAAAUGAUAAGACCUAUGAAAUUCAAUAUAUUAUAA